AACCAUGGGCCCCUCCUGUCCUGUGUUCCUGUCAUUCACAAAGCUCAGCCUGUGGUGGCUCCUUCUGACCCCAGCAGGUGGAGAGGAAGCUAAGCGCCCACCUCCCAGGGCUCCUGGAGACCCACUCUCCUCUCCCAGUCCCACGGCAUUGCCGCAGGGAGGCUCGCAUACCGAGGCUGAGGACCGGCUCUUCAAACACCUCUUCCGGGGCUACAACCGCUGGGCGCGCCCAGUGCCCAACACUUCAGACGUGGUGAUUGUGCGCUUCGGACUGUCCAUCGCUCAGCUCAUCGAUGUGGAUGAGAAGAACCAAAUGAUGACCACCAACGUCUGGCUAAAACAGGAGUGGAGCGACUACAAACUGCGCUGGAACCCUGCUGAUUUUGGCAACAUCACAUCUCUCAGGGUCCCUUCUGAGAUGAUCUGGAUCCCUGACAUUGUCCUCUACAACAAUGCAGAUGGGGAGUUUGCAGUGACCCACAUGACCAAGGCCCACCUCUUCUCCACGGGCACUGUGCACUGGGUGCCCCCGGCCAUCUACAAGAGCUCCUGCAGCAUCGACGUCACCUUCUUCCCCUUCGACCAGCAGAACUGCAAGAUGAAGUUUGGCUCCUGGACUUAUGACAAGGCCAAGAUCGACCUGGAGCAGAUGGAGCAGACAGUGGACCUGAAGGACUACUGGGAGAGCGGCGAGUGGGCCAUCGUCAACGCCACGGGCACCUACAACAGCAAGAAGUAUGACUGCUGCGCCGAGAUCUACCCCGACGUCACUUACGCCUUCGUCAUCCGGCGGCUGCCGCUCUUCUACACCAUCAACCUCAUCAUCCCCUGCCUGCUCAUCUCCUGCCUCACCGUGCUGGUCUUCUACCUGCCCUCCGACUGCGGCGAGAAGAUCACGCUGUGCAUUUCGGUGCUGCUGUCACUCACCGUCUUCCUGCUGCUCAUCACCGAGAUCAUCCCGUCCACCUCGCUGGUCAUCCCGCUCAUCGGCGAGUACCUGCUGUUCACCAUGAUCUUCGUCACCCUGUCCAUCGUCAUCACUGUCUUCGUGCUCAAUGUGCACCACCGCUCCCCCAGCACCCAUACCAUGCCUCACUGGGUGCGGGGGGCCCUUCUGGGCUGUGUGCCCCGGUGGCUUCUGAUGAACCGGCCCCCACCACCCUUGGAGCUCUGCCGCCCCCCACGCCUGAAGCUCAGCCCGUCUUAUCACUGGCUGGAGAGCAAUGUGGAUGCUGAGGAAAGGGAGGUGGUGGUGGAGGAGGAGGACAGAUGGGCAUGUGCAGGUCAUGCAGCCCCCUCUGUGGGCACCCUCUGCAGCCACGGCCACCUUCACUCUGGGGCCUCAGGUCCCAAGGCUGAGACUGUACUGCAGAAGGGUGAGCUGCUGCUAUCACCCCGCAUGCAGAAGGCACUGGAAGGCAUGCACUACAUUGCUGACCACCUGCGGUCUGAGGAUGCCGACUCUUCGGUGAAGGAGGAUUGGAAGUACGUUGCCAUGGUCAUUGACAGGAUCUUCCUCUGGCUGUUUAUCAUCGUCUGCUUCCUGGGGACCAUCGGCCUCUUUCUGCCUCCAUUCCUAGCUGGAAUGAUCUGA